AUGACAAGCUAUGGAAUGCCAUACCUCUUGGAGGACAAGACUGGCAAGCUGACAGGGUCGCACUUCGUGGACAUCAAUGAUCGUUUGCGCUUCACACUUCGAUGCACCAGUUGGGGAUCUACACACGCAACAUACAUAAUAUACAACAUGACAUCCGGGACGGAUCCAGUCGCGACCCUAACCUUCGGUUCUAACAACUCCCUCGGAACAAUAGCCUUUGGAUCAGGGCCGCAGGUACCCAUGAGUAGCUUCCUCGAAUCACUUCCCAUUGGAAGCGCGAAGUCGAGGAGGUUCAUUGGGUCCGAUGGCCAACAGUACCGAUGGAGUUGGCGAACCGCCCAAGGGGAGGAGUGGACGUGCACAAACGCAAGCAACCGUCAUAUUGCGUCUUAUUCAUUGAAAGUACCUGGAGAGCCAGAAUACGCCCAGUCCUCUGGGUGCGUGCUUACCAUUGAGGAGGCGUAUCCCCACCUUGCAGCUGAGAUGUUAGCGUCUCUGACAAUUAUGAGACAUAUAGUCGCCCACAACCUUUGA